AUGGGAGAGAAGAAAGUGUUGGGUGUUGUGAUGGUGUUUUUGGCUUAUGGUUUGGCUACAACAACAGUGAGUGAAGCCCAACUGCCUGCAACAUGCAAUCCAUAUCAACCAUUAAUUUCCCCAUGUGUGCCUUACUUGGUGAAUCCAGAUUUCGGGCCACUAACUCCCAAUUGCUGUACUGGAGCAGCUCAGGUGUUUGGAAGA